AGUCGACAUUCCCAUCGUUCUUUGCAAGCUCGUGGACCAUGCCUUGGCGGUCCGCCAUUUUUCAAUCGUUUCUGGUCGCUUUGGGUGGCAAACUGUAGCUUAACGGCUUAUUUACUCUGCCGACUAGAUUUAUGUGGGUUAAAGGUAAUGUUUUAGACUCGAAGUAGGGCUUGAAACGAUGCAAGCAGGUGGAGACGUCGUCGGGAAUGGCACCAAUGAAAGACGUACAGGUUCAGACCAGAAGGAUGGUGGUGUCACAUUUUGGAGUAAAACUGAACGUGGUAUAAAAGCAGAGCUGCGAUUACAGCAUCAUCCUUAUGACACGGAAUCCUGGGGAGUUCUGAUUAGAGAGGCACAGAAUACGCCAUUAGAAACUUCUAGAGUGCUCUGUGAAAAGCUUGUAAGACGAUUCCCUAAUGCUGGCCGUUACUGGAGAUUGUACAUUGAGCAAGAGAUGAAACAUAAGAACUAUGAGCAAGUAGAAAAGCUUUUCCAGAAAUGCUUGAUCAAGGUGUUAAACAUUGAUCUUUGGAAGUGUUACCUGUCAUAUGUAAAGGAAACAAAAAGUUCCCUCCAAAAUUUUAGAGAUAAAAUGCUGCAAGCAUAUGAAUUUGCCCUGGAUAAAGUUGGGCUGGACUUCAACUCUUAUCAGAUUUGGAUGGACUUUGUGAAUUUUCUGAAGUCAGGUGAAGCAGUUGGAAGCUAUGCUGAAAACCGCAAGAUUAUCUCUAUAAGAAAAGUCUACCAGAGAGCUGUGAUAACUCCCAUCUUAAAUUUAGAAGCACUAUGGAGAGAAUACAAUGCCUUUGAACAGAGUGUGAACAAGGCAUUAGCUAAGAAACUGAUUGAUGAUAAAACAAGAGACUACAUGAAUGCCAGGAGAGUUUCAAAGGAGUAUGAAGCCAUAACCCGUGGCCUGAUCAAAGGAAAUCCAUCAGUUCCUGUGCAAGGAAGUGCAGAAGAAACUAAACAGUUACAAAUUUGGAAGAAGUAUAUUGCCUGGGAAAAGAGUAACCCAUUGAGAACAGAGGAUACUGCCCUUCUUACUAAGAGAGUGGUGUAUGCUUAUGAACAGUGUCUACAAACAAUGGGAUUCCAUCCCAAUGUGUGGUGUGAAGCAGCACUGUACCUGGAACAAGUCAGCCAGAAGAUGAUGGACAAGGGGGACAUGCAGGGAUCUAAAGUGCUAGGAGAUGAAGCUGCAGCCCUGUACGAGAGAGCCAUCACAGGACUGAUGAAACACAGCAUGUUGUUGUAUUUUGCUUAUGCCGACUUUGAAGAGGGGAGGAUGAAAUUUCAGAAGGCAAAGGAAAUUUAUGAAAAGUAUUUAGCUCUUGAGAAUAUAGAUCCAACUCUGGUUUAUAUCCAAUACAUGAAAUUUGCAAGACGGUCAGAAAGCAUUAAAGAGAGCCGUGCCAUUUUCAAGAGGGCAAGGGAGGAUUCUAGAACAAAUUUUCAUGUUUUCAUAUCUGCUGCUCUUAUGGAGUAUUACUGCAGUAAAGACAAAGCAGUUGCAUUUAAGAUCUUUGAACUUGGUUUAAAGAAAUACAUGAAUGAAACAGACUAUGUGUUGGCUUAUGUUGAUUAUUUAUCACACUUAAAUGAUGACAACAACACAAGAGUACUGUUUGAGAAAGUUCUGAGUUCUAUGCCUAAGGACAAAGCGAGUGACGUGUGGGGAAAAUUUCUGGAGUUUGAAACCACAAGUGGUGACUUAGCCAGCUUGGUAAAGGUGGAGAAUAGAAAACUUGAAAUCUACAAAGAGGAAUUAGAGGGCCAUGAAACAUCAGUGCUUGUUGAUCGUUAUAAGUACUUGGAUCUCUUCCCUUGUACUCCAUUGGAACUAAAAAUAAUGGGCUAUGUGGGUUCCACAAGACAGAGUGGCAGUGUGCCAAACAUUCUCUCCUCUGUUACUACUCAAGAUGAACAGAGCGAAGAAAAGCCAGUUAAAUUUCCCAGACCAGACACAUCACAGAUGACACCAUUCAAACCAACUGCAGGAGCUGUUGGCCUUCAUUCUGUACCUGGUGGAGUGUUUCCAGUGCCACCAGCAGCUGCACAUCUUAUGACUUUGUUACCGCCUCCAUCGUGCUUUCAGGGUCCAUUUGUGAUGGUUGAAGAUUUCAUCAGGUUGACCUUGGAAUGUCAAAUACCAGAUCUUCCACCCUCAGGAUUGCCAGACUCUGAGUUAGGCCCUGUGAAUGGAGUUGAGGGCAGUGAAGAUGGAAUGGAGGUUGACCAAAACAAACGUGGUGUUAAACGACCAGUUGCUGAUCAUGAAAGUGAUGACGAGAGUUCUGCUGCACCUCCUGUGAAUGAUAUCUAUAGAAGCCGACAACAGAAGCGAGUGCAUUGAGCAAAAACACACCAUUUCGUACUGCGACAGUUAUACCUCACCAAUGUACAUUACUAGAAGACCUUUAUUUGCAAUGCACCAGUGAAUGAUAUAAGUUCCUCUCCUACCCUCUGAUGCAUGUCCUUGAAUAAAAUGUUAGCUCUCCAAUCUCUAGACACCCUUCUCAUGUAUUCUAUAGUGGCCAAUAGCCAUUAGUGUGUAGAUAGUCCACUGAGUGGUAGUUUUAAUGAUUAGGUCAUGAAUGUUGGUCUUGGCCACUAGUGUAUACUGGUCUUUAUUUUAACUUGGACAUUUUUUACCUGCAUUCCAGUUGAUACUCACAAAGCAUUGUAUGGCAUUUUCAAGUCAAAUAAGUUAUGAAACUUGUGUAAUAAAGAAUGAGAACAAUUUUCUUGGA